AUGAGGGUGAGGCAGGACGAGCUGGUGACUGCGAACCGCGCACUCUCCGCAAAAAAUGAGGCGUUGGAAAAAAAAGUUGCUGAUCUAGAACAGUAUUCUCGACUGAAUAAUGUUGAGAUAAAGGGUGUUCCGGUCACGCAAAAUGAAGAUUGCCUUGCAAUCGUGAAAACCAUUGGCAAUGCCAUCGGCUGCUCUGUUUCUCCCUCUGACUUGGACGUUGUCCAUCGUGUGGCCACAAAGUCUAAGGAGAAGAACAUUAUCGCUCGCUUUUGUUGCCGCGAGAAGAAAGGCGAGUUUGUUCGUAGGGCUCGCAAAGCCCGUCUACGUACUGGCCAAAUUGGCUUUUCUGGUUCCACUGAUGCUGCUGUGUUCGUUAAUGAUCACCUUACUGUCGAGAACAAACGCUUGUUUUCUAAGGCACUAGCCCUUAAGAAGGAGAAGAGCUGGCAGUUUUUAUGGACGGACAACUGCCAGAUUAAGGCUCGUCAGACUAGCAGCAGCAAAGUGUUCAUCUUAAAGUCUGAGAACGACCUUCGGGUUUUCAACUAA